UGCGCAAACGCAGCACCAAUAAACAUCCAAAAUCAACUCCACGCGUUUGUUGCAUGGCAAUCUAGCAACCGUCGUGUUGGGGAUCCACAAUAGUUACCUCGUUGUUUAUUACAAAGGCGAAAAAUUCUACUAAAUUUUUACUCGAUUCGUGGUUGCGGAUUUCUAAGGCGUCCUAUCGAUAAAUUCAAAUUUAGUUUGAAAUAUUUUUACUAAUGGCUCAGCUGAAUUGUCCACCUUGUACACCAUGUGCAGCCGUGUGCAUCGAACAUCAACCAACCCAAACGCGUGAAAUCGUCAAGAAGAAGAAUUUUCCGAAACGUCGUCGAUAUCUGUACAAGCUCCAAGAAAUUAGAAAAAAGCCCAAUCUAAUCCGAUGGGGACACGAAACUUCCUACGAAAAUCCGUUUCACGUUCACAAGGACCCCCCACCGGCAUGCGCUGAGGACAUUGAGCUAAAGACAAGUCCCGUUGGACUACCCGCUAGCGAACCGCCUUCCUAUCUUCCGCAACGCGAUGGAAACUCCGAUGUGCAUCCGUUGGCCCGUCCGAUGGGUCCGAUUGGUCCCUGGGCCACUGGCCGCAUCGAUUGGGGUGCCUUAUCCGGUCAAACUGGCACACGUCCCGUCGUGGAUCGAUAUUCCAUCACUCGGUACAGCGUGGACGAAUGGCGCCAAAGAAACGCCGAUACCAUCGACGCAUGCGCCAGCACCGCGAUGAAGAGUGAGAAAGUCGAACGCGAUAGCAAAAACACCAUCAUCCGGACGUAUGCCAUCACGGAUAAGAACCAAGCGAACUGCACCGAAAGCCUUCACGCGCGGGCCAAAACGAUCGACGAUAUGAAGAGCGAUCUCCAGCGGGCUAUCAAGGCAAUGCAGGAUGAAAUAAGCACCUUGGAGGAGCAACGAAGACGGCUGAAGCAGUCGUUGGCUGUAUUACGGAUGCCGGAAGCGAUAGCAUCUGAAUGUCUCGAGCGUAGGACGGGUCGCCCCGACACAGAGCUCAUUCGCGAUAGACCAGAGGAAGAACUUAUCCGUGAAAUGUCGUUGAUUGCCGAAAUACGUGCGAUAUUACUGAAAACGCUCUCGGAAAUCGAGGCCCAACAGGUCCAGAAUCGGGCUGCUCGCCAGAGAAUGGAGUUCGAUUGGAGCGAUAAAAAGAUGGCCCAUGAAAACGAUGCCAUCAACUGUAAUCUGACUAACAAAUCGACGAUAACGCUGUUCCGCCCGGGAGCAACCAGAUGUCCAAACGAGCAAUCGACGGAAAUCUACUGGGAGAAGUUCAGCAGGGAAACUUUGGCGAUGUGCACUGACUGUCGGAAGCAAUCGGAACAAUUGCGAGGAACACUGGACGCAAUCCUAACUAACGCAGCUCGCGAUCUCCGUUCCCAAGCAGACCGUGUGGAACGAGCUUUGGCUGAUCGCAUCACUUGUAUGGAGGAAGUUCGUCAGAAGCUCGAAAUUGAUUUACGAUCCACCCUUCAACAUCUUGCUGACACGGAGAUUCAGAUCGAUAAACUGAAGGUAGCCAUCCGUAACAUGGACCACGCAAUGAAGGUGGUUUUGACUCGGCUGGACAAUCGGAACCAAAGGCCUCGCGUUGAGAACUGCCGGGAUCAAUCCCAGGCUUUGCUCAUCGCCGAAGUAAAGUCUAUCGAGGAGGGUCUUUCUGCGAUGAAUGCUCAACUUAAGCAAGAAGAGGAAGUCAAGAAUGAGCUUAUCAUGCGCCGCAGCGAGCUAGAGAAAGAAAUCAUGAUGAAACGACGUACCAUUGCUAUCGAUCGGGAUCGAUGUCAGUUUUUGAGAACGCACUUUCCCUCAGCUACUGCACUUAGCGGCUAUUAG